ACUAUUUCCAAACUUUGAGAAGACAAAAAGAGGUUCCUUGGAAUCAAAGUUCCGGGCUUUUCAGCCCACGAAUCUGAAUGGCGAAACUGAAGUGGAUGUUGUUUUCAAUUGUCAGCUCUCUGUGUGUUUGGGAGAUUGCUUUGAGAAUCAAUGUAAAAGAAAUUGGGAUCGCAUGAAAAGAUCAAAUGACGAAAUAGAUGAACUCACAGUGGGGACACGGAUUCGUGUUAAGUCACCACCACAUCAACAAAGAGUGGAAGACAGCCCAUUGCCGAAAUUUUGCUUGGAGAGGCUCUUUGUAUACAUUAUCUGUAUUAUGGUCGGGAUCGUGAUUCUCGGUUCCUGGACAGCCAUUGGUUAUCUCAUCUGUCGACUGGUCAGCAGUGGUAUCAAACCUGAUCUGGAGGUUGCAAGAUCUGUGGGACGAAGGCUCUCCUCCAUCCUCAAUCUUCCGCAAGGUUAUAACUUUAAUGACCCGAAAACGUUCGACUCUAUUCCGGAAGAAGAAGGAAUGACACCUCCGCAGCAACGACGAAAAUCAGUCACGGUGAUGCAUGUUGGAGCUAUAGACGCAUGA